AUGGGAGCAAUCAUCCUGCGGCCCAUAAACGAAAUUGUGUCCGCACUCAUUUUCCAUCGGGCCUAUCGCAUCUGCAGCAGUGAUGACUCACUUAAGAAAGAAUUGGCCUACUUACAUCGGUUAUUCCGCUCCAACGGAUAUCCUGCCAGUUUCGUAAAGAACUGUCUCAGACGCCAGAGACAACUACCAAACCCCGAGUCUCAUGAAGAUAGAGCGUCGCAGAAAUUCUGUUCACUGCCGUACAUUCAGGGAAUCUCUGAAGCACUCUCCCGGCAGCUAAAACGCUUUGGCAUCUCCAUUGCACAUAGGCCCGCAUCUUCUCUCCGCGAGGCAUUAUGCCGGGUAAAGGACCCGGUGCCCAAGGAACAAAUAACUAACGUCAUCUACCGCAUACCGUGCGCCAACUGCCCUUGUGUUUUUAUUGGCCAUACAGGCCGAUGUCUUGGGACUCGCAUUAACGAACACAAGUUAGCCCUCCGCCGACUUGAUCCUCUGUCCCUCGUGUUUGCGCACGCCCUUGAGCAGGACCAACGCCUCAUUUGGGACGGUACUGAAGUGAUCGCAAAGGCUUACACCAGACAGACGCGAGAAUUCCUCGAAGCUUGGCAUUCUGGCACGACCAGCAUCAACAUCCACGUCGAUCUAGACGCUCACUACGAGGGCUUACGUACACGCUCACUGUCUUGUUCCCACGCCCCACCAACUGCUAACCCCCACUCGGCCACAUAG